AUGGUGCGGUGGUCCGGUGGUGUGGAGGCGAGGGCCGCGCGUGUGUCGCGGGAUCACAUCAGGUGGCGGACGCGCGUGGCCGAGGAAGCAUGGCGAGUGGCGAGAGGCGCCUGCAACGCGGCGAUGCACCGCGGUGCCAAGCCGACCCAACCUCAAGAAAGAAAGCUUGAAAAUGCAACCCGGACGUAUGCAUUUCAGCAUUGCCUUGGUCAACUGAUACUUGUGGCGAUACAAUAUGCACUGAUGACGCAGUUCCUCGUCGAAGCCCUU